CUUCUCCUUCAAAGGUUGGUUAAACUAUUGAUUGCAUUAUCUUCUUCUUGCUUCUCUGCGACUGAUUUCCUCUCAUUUCUCUCAGUCGCCAUGGAUUUGAGAGUCUAUGGCGUUACUAGGUUAUUCUUCACGUUUUAUCUUGUAUCAGUGGCUGGAUUUUGUGUUGCAUUGCAGGAAACUACAGGGGCAAAGCCAUUAAAUUCGUCGAAUUCAGGCCAAAUCAAUUCCAAUUCAGUCCUCGUAGCUCUCCUCGACUCACAUUACACGGAACUUGCUGAACUCGUAGAGAAAGCUCUUCUCUUGCAGUCGUUAGAGGAGGCUGUGGGUAAACACAAUAUCACCAUUUUCGCACCUAGGAACGAAGCUCUGGAACGAGAUCUCGACCCUGAGUUCAAGCAUUUCCUUCUGGCCCCUGGUAAUCUCAAAUCUCUGCAAACUUUGUUAAUGUUUCAUGUCAUACCGAAAAGGAUUGGAUCCAAUGAGUGGCCCAAGGCAGCUUCCAAGUCCGCCAAGCACAAAACGCUUUCUCACGACCAUAUCCACCUUACCUGUAAGGAUUCCGAUAAGAAGGUCGAUUCCGCAGCGGUCAUCCAUCCAGAUGCGGUGACUCGCCCCGAUGGUGUCAUUCACGGGAUUGAACGUCUAUUGAUUCCUCGAUCCGUCCAAGACGAUUUCAACCGCCGUAGAAAUCUUCGUCAGACUACUGCGGUGAAGCCUGAAGGAGCACCGGAGGUUGACCCCAGAACCCACCGGCUCAAGAAACCAGCGCCGCCUGUGCCGGUAGGUUCACCGCCUGUGCUGCCGAUCUACGAUGCAAUGGCUCCAGGUCCAUCACUAGCUCCGGCACCGGCACCAGGACCCGGAGGUCCUCACCACAAGUUCGAUGGCGAAUCCCAAGUGAAGGACUUCAUCCACACCCUCCUGCAUUAUGGUGGAUACAACGAACUUGCCGACAUUCUGGUCAACCUGACGUCCUUAGCGUCGGAAAUGGGAAAAUUAGUGUCUGAAGGUUACGUUUUAACAGUUUUAGCUCCGAACGAUGAGGCAAUGGCGAAGCUGACGACGGACCAGCUGAGCGAACCUGGUGCACCGGAGCAGAUCGUCUAUUACCAUCUCAUUCCGGAGUAUCAGACGGAGGAGAGUAUGUACAAUGCGGUAAGGAGAUUCGGUAAGAUCCGGUACGAUACGUUACGAAUACCUCACAAGGUUGUGGCGGAAGAGGCAGAUGGGUCUGUGAAAUUUGGACAGGGCGAUGAGUCCGCAUAUCUAUUCGAUCCCGAUAUCUACACCGACGGCCGGAUUUCAGUACAAGGUAUCGAUGGCGUGCUGUUCCCCACUGAAGAGAAGCCGAAAUCCGAAUCGAAAUUGGUCCAGCACAGUUCUACCACCACAACCACCACCAAGUCUACUAUGAAACCCAGGAGAGGAAAGUUGCUGGAAGUGACGUGUAGGAUGUUAUGGUCCUUGGGUCAGGAUGCUCGCUUCACCUCAUGCCAUUGAAAUCCCUUCCCAAACUUGAAAAUACAUUGAAAAGUAAAAGAAAGACACGGUACCUCAUAAUUCAAGGGUAGAACAAGGAUGUAAAGAGAGUAGUGGAAUGGAAGACUCUUGGAAGAAGCAUGUGUGGUUUUGAUUUUUUUUUUUUCUUUUUUUUUUGGGUCCUUUUCUUCUGUUUAUGGUUUUCAUUUUAUCCUCCUUUUGCCCCCGAGACCAACUGUGGAUGGGUUAGGUAUCCGGAAGAUGGACGUUUGAAAUAUAGAAAUGUCAGGAUUCCCACGGAAGUGAGGAGAAAAGGAAAAGCCAAGGGGGAAAAGAAAAGAGGGAGUCGCUGUUCAUUUUGGCAUUUUUAUAAAUACCCUUUGAAAAGUACAUAUGAGAACUAUUAUUUUUGCUGUAACCCGUCUCUGGUGCCCAUGGUAUUACUGUGUUGCUGUAAAGAGAAGAAAGAGGGCAUUGGAAAAUAAAAAAAAGGUAAAAACCAGAAAGUUGGUGGUGGUGGGAGGAUUGUUUUUUGUUUUUCAAUCUUAUUAUGUGUGAUUGAGGACUCUUCAAGGGAGGGAUCUGAAGGGGGCCUUUUUCAUGUGGGGCGUCUCAGUGUGUUGCCCAUUUCAAUAAAAUGAAAAGAAAAUGGAGAAUAAAGAACAGAAAUUAGUGGGUAACUACUAUUAGUAGUAAUAAAAAUUCUUUUUUGU